CUCUGCCAGAGGCAUGGCAGGAGUCUAAUCGUGGGUCCCUUGAUCUUGACUCCAUUCAGCUCCCUUGUCUAGAUCCGAUCCGUAGCUGGCCAGGGCCGAGGCCGAGCACAUGUUCUGUAUUCGGGAUUUCUUCAGAGGGGAGUCCGGCCGGGUCAGUCCGAGGGUGACCCAGACUGCCGAGGCCGAUCGCAUGAUACUUGCCGAGGCGAUCUCCGAUGGUCCAUCUUGGUUUUUGCCAAGUGGGCCUUGGCAUAGUUGGGCUGGGCCAUUUUUCUGUUGGGCUGGAUACCCCCAUUCCCGGAGGGGAGUCCCCUGGUCUUUGGAUCUGUUCCGUUACAUGUUCAAGAUCUCCAAAGUGGGGGCUCUUGAGGGAAAUUCGUAUGCCGUCGUUUCCUCCCAGGCCGAUUGUGGCAUGGCCGUCUUUCCCUCAUCCCUGAAACUCUGGAAGGCCAAAUUUGUCUUUGUUUCUGGCUUUCCCGGGGACCGGCAUCCCUUCCGCGCCAGGUUUCCCGAAUGUCAUACAUUCAUUCGUCAUCCUCGGCUUGCGGUCACUCCCGAGCUCCAGGCACACGCGCAAAAACUGUUGGAAGACUGUUGGCCUAAACCGCCUCACGUGUAUACGGUGUGUACGGAGCAGAACUUGGCAGAGUGCUCCGAGGUCGGAGGAUCUGGAGUCGGGGGCGAAGAAGUGGAGGACGACGAGGAGGUGGAAUCCGACGAAGAAUCAGAACAGCCACCCUAUUCCGAGGGGAUUGCUGACGUGGAUCCUUCCGUAGGAGAUAUGAAUCCGGUGGAUAUGAUCCGCAAGGCCAAGCUGCUGGCUCGAAAUCGCAGCAGAGGAGAAGAGGUGCAACAGAAAAUGUCUUCUGAGAACGCAUCUGGGCCCAUUGUUCCCGUCCCGAACCCGGAGACGGCCUCGACCCGGAACCUGAGGAAGAGGAAGGUUAUCCAAGUCGAGGAUGAAGAUACCGCGUCCGAGUAGGACAUGGUCCCAAAUCAGGACCCGAUGAGCAAACGGCCGACUGGCCCUCUCGGUGGGAAGUGUCCCAAUUCC